CACCAUGGCGAGCGGCUGGGCCUCGGGCGGCGCGGGCAGGCGGGCGCUGCACUCGGCGCGCGCGGAGGACGUGGCCUCGGCGUCCAGCUUCCGGGACUUCGAGGUCCUGCACCUGCACCUGGACCUGCGGGCCGAGUUCGCGAGCCGCACGCUGAGCGGCUCGGCGGUGCUCGACCUGCGCUGCCUGGUGCCCGCGGGCGCGGCCGAGCUCCGGUUGGACUCGCACCCGAGCCUGGAGGUGACCGCGGCGGCGCUGCGGCGGGGGCCGCCGGGACCCGGAGCCUCUCCCGGCCCCGAGGAGCCCGUGGGCUUCCACACGCGGCCCUUCGCGCGCUACGGCUGCGCGCUGUGCCUGCGCCUCCCGCAGCCCCUGCCGGCGGGCGAGCGCUUCCAGGUGCUGCUCACCUACCGCGUGGGCGACGCGGGGCCCGGGGUGUGCUGGUUGGCCCCCGAGCAGACGGCGGGAAAGGAGAAGCCCUUUGUGUACACCCAGGGGCAGGCCGUCCUGAACCGGGCCUUCUUCCCCUGCUUCGACACGCCGGCGGUCAAGUGCACGUACUCCGCCCUCAUCCAGGUCCCUGACGGCUUCACCGCGGUGAUGAGUGCCGACACCUGGGAGCGGCGAGGGCCCCACGGGUUCUUCUUCCACAUGAGCCACCCCAUCCCCUCCUACCUCGUCGCGCUGGCCAUCGGAGACCUGGCCUCGGCGGAGGUGGGGCCCAGGAGCCGGGUGUGGGCCGAGCCCUGCCUGGUUGAGGCUGCCAGGCAGGAGUAUGACGGCGUGAUCGAGGAGUUCCUGGCCGCGGGAGAGAAACUCUUCGGACCCUACGUUUGGGGCAGGUGAGGUUCCUGUCGACUGACAUGUCCCUGGCUCCCCAGCCCCCUCUGCCUCCUGGAGGAAAGCGCCCCGUCCCAGAGGU